AUGACUAUUGACACCGCACUCGAUGCUGGCGACAACGGGAUGGCGUCGGUCACGGAUGGCCUCCUCCAGUCCAACUCAGAAAACAGCGCAACGCUUCCCGUGGGAAGAAAUGUUUUCUUGACUCUGACAGAUGAUGCGCUCAUUCUUGCUGAUAAAGGCAUCAAGUCGAAGUCACAGCGCUGUUGCCGCAGUUUUCCAAUCCCUGGCUCCGCUUCGCAAUCUAUCCCGUAUUUCAACAUCCUCUGGGUUGAACUCUCUGACGACUAUAUUACGAUUAAAUAUGCCGACCAAGUUACCAAGAAAGAUGUCACCCUUCGUUCAGUGAAAUAUUCAGUCAACCUUGAGAAUAAAUCAAAAGCCAAAACAUGGACCCAGGAACUUCUCGACUCGGCCUACGGCAAAGCGCAACGGCAAAAGCGCAUUAAAGUCCUCAUAAACCCCUUUGGUGGAAAAGGCCACGCCCCAAGAGAUUACCUCAGAUACGUCGAGCCAAUUUUCGCAGCCGCUAAAUGCCAAGUCGAUGUCGAAUCAACAAGUCACAGAGGGCACGCAGUCGACAUCGUGGAGAAGCUUGACGUCAAUGCAUAUGAUGUUGUCGUAGCCUGUUCGGGAGAUGGUAUACCUUACGAGAUCUUUAAUGGGCUAGCCAAGAAGCCAAAUGCGAGCGAAGCUCUGCGGAAAAUUGCCGUGGCUCACAUACCUUGCGGGUCGGGAAACGCAAUGAGCUGGAAUCUCAAUGGAACUGGCAGGGCCAGUCUGGCCGCCGUUUCUAUUGUCAAGGGCUUGAGAACUCCACUUGAUUUAGUCUCCAUCACUCAAGGUGAUAAACGCACAGUGUCAUUUUUAUCCCAAUCUUUUGGUAUUAUAGCUGAAUUAGACCUGGGUACCGAGAAUAUCCGGUGGAUGGGCUCCGCGCGAUUCACAUACGGAUUCCUGGUACGACUGCUUGGAAAACCAGUCUAUCCCUGCGACCUUGCUAUUAAGGUCGAACUCGAUAAUAAAGAAUUGAUCAAAGAUCACUACCGCGCUGGAUCCCAAAGAAGAAGCCUUGACCAACUACGCGAUGAAGAAUCAUCAGACGCUGUCGGCCUCCCACCAUUACGGUAUGGCACCGUGAACGACCCGCUACCCGAUGGCUGGACUCUGGUGCCACACGAUAAACUGGGCAAUUUCUACGCGGGCAACAUGGCAUAUAUGGCUGCGGACACCAACUUCUUUCCCGCCGCACUCCCCAACGACGGAUGUAUGGAUCUCAUCACAGUGAACGGCGACAUUAGUCGACGGACUGCAAUCCAGAUGCUUAUGUCUGUUGACGAUGGCGCGUUCUUCGAUAUGCCCGAGGUCAACGUGCGGAAGGUUACUGGCUACAGGGUUAUCCCCAGGGACCGGAAAGAAGGAUACAUCAGUAUUGAUGGGGAGCAGGUGCCAUUUGAGCCUUUCCAAGCGGAAGUCCAUAAAGGACUUGGAACGGUCCUAUCCAAAUCUGGAUACAAAUAUGAAACUAACGGAUUGAAGUGA